AUGAUGCACCUCAGCAACAACUCGCUGUCAUCCCUAUGCUCCACCAAGGAUAAGAAGUUACCGCCUAUACCGUCAACUCCUAUUGAGAGUACGCAUUUCUCCACUGGUUCUCCUCUUGCAGGAUCUCCUCGCAUAGCCGAUACUGACUCUGGCAUUCUUCAGUCCAAGACAUUGAAGAGAAAGAACUUCAAGAAGUUGUCGUUGAACGCUUCUCCAGAAGCAAAAUUCACAGACACUGACCAUUCCUCCUUGAAAUUUGAAGGCUCUUCUCUAAGACAGAAUCGCAUCAAUGUGAGACCUGCUCCACUCCUUAAUUUGAAACAGAAGGACAGCCAGCCCCUGCAUUCCGAUCAGAUCGACGUCAAACAAACAAACACAAAGUUCGAUCCCGACCAGCAGUCGUCUACGAACUUGAUCAUAAAUCAGAUCUCAAAUUUGGAGCUUUCCACUGCAUCUUUAAACCAACAUGUAACUCCUUUGAACCGAAAACGGCAAACAGUCAUAUCUUCCAUUUCUCCUACUAAGUCUUCAGCAUCGUCUCCCUUGGAGCCCAACAACAGGGUCAACAAUUUGGUGGAUAACUCUAUGAUCCUACAAAAUAAUACCAUGUCUCCCAUAGCCACGACCUCAUCAUUUACUUUGAACAACGACGAUUUGGUAACUCUCAAGAAUUUGGGCUCAGGCAAUUCAGGAACGGUCUGCAAGAUUUUGCAUGUACCAACUCAGAAAACCAUGGCUAAGAAAACGAUUCAUAUCGAUCUAAAAACGGUGAUACAGACUCAGAUUAUUCGCGAAUUACGGAUCUUGCACGAAUGCCAGUCUCCGUACAUCAUUGAGUUCUACGGUGCUUUCCUCAACACUAACAACACCAUCGUGAUCUGCAUGGAGUAUUGUAAUUGUGGUUCUCUAGACAAGAUACUCCCUCUCUGCGAUGACAAACAGUUCCCACUUUAUGUGCUUAAGAAGCUUGCGUACUCGAUUCUCAGUGGCUUGUCGUAUCUUUACACUACUCACAAAAUCAUUCACAGAGAUAUCAAACCUAGCAAUGUGCUUAUGACCCAUAAAGGAGAGUUCAAACUUUGUGACUUUGGUGUCUCCAGAGAAUUGACAAACUCCUUGGCCAUGGCAGACACCUUUGUAGGAACAUCUACGUACAUGUCGCCCGAAAGAAUACAAGGUCUAAACUAUGGUGUCAAGUCUGAUGUCUGGUCGAUGGGGUUGAUGUUGAUAGAAUUAGCUAACGGUGUACCAGUAUGGUCAGACGAUGAAGCUGGUCAGACAGGUGGCCCUGAAGGUAUUUUAGACUUGCUUCAACGAAUUGUUAACGAGACUCCACCAACAUUGACAGGAAAGAUUAACAACAUUACAAAACAGAAGUUCGAUCCCUUGUUGUGCCAGUUUAUUGACUCGUCCUUGAUUAAAGACGAUAGUCUUCGUAAGUCUCCACGUGAGCUCUUGGAUGACAAAGAUGGAUUCCUCAAAGGUGUAGAAGAAGGUGUGUUUGAAAAAGACGUAAAGUCAUGGGCCAAGAAGAUCAGAAAACUCCAUAAGGAAAAGACAGAAGACAAAUAG